GGAAGAUGGGGGAGCAGAUGUGAAAUUCGAGUGUCGUUGUGAGUGGGCGCAGCAUUGAUAGUUGUCCUUCUAAAUUUCACCGAUUUCGCGAUCGCCGCCUUUUACGGUCUUCCUCUGUAUUUUUAUGGUUAACCUACUGAAAGACGAAUUGACGACCUGAUCCUUGAAUCAUCGUUUAGAAAUAACGUUUGUACGGCCGCUUCAUCGCCUCAGGAAGUUGUUGUUUUUUUCUGUCAAAUCGUUUAAUUACUGUUUGGAAGCUGCUUCCUUAUGAUUCAGCUGACGUUAGUAGAGGAGGCACAACUGACGUAAACUGUUACCCAUUUGCUGAAACACUUUCAAAUAAGACGCUUAAGUAACAGUUUGAAAUCUUUGAAAGGUUUUCUUCGUCUGUAAUUAUUAAGAAAACCUUUCUAAACUCUGAAGGCGCGACUGGAACAAAUUUGUUGUUAAGGAGAAGAAUACACCGAAAGAAGAAUUGAAGAUAAUGGCGGUAUAUAGGAGAGUUCUGGCUUUGAUAGUUCUACUGUCGCUGAACGUUCUCGAAACACGACAAAAUGGAUUUGUCGAUUUUACUCACCACGACUACGAACAAAUGACGAGUAUUCUAAACGACUUACAUGCGGCUUAUCCCUCUAUAACUCGACUUUUCUCGUUGGGAAAAUCAACAAACAACAGAGAACUGUGGGUUCUCCAAAUAUCAGACAAACCUGAAAUUCACGAGCCUGGCGAGCCAGAAUUUAAAUACAUUGGAAAUAUGCACGGAAACGAAGUAGUGAGUCGAGAAAUUCUUCUCCACUUCAUCGAACACUUGCUUCAGGGAUACAACAAGGAUGAUGAAAUCACAAAUCUAAUUAACACCACAAGGAUAAGUAUUAUGCCUUCCAUGAAUCCCGAUGGCUAUGAGAAAGCGAAAAACGAUCGUAGCGAUCGAUGUAGUGGAAUAGUUGGAAGAAGAAAUGCGCAAGAUAUUGAUUUGAAUCGAAACUUUCCAGAUCAGUUCUUUGGGGUUGGUAAAAGGGAACUAGCAACUGAAACUCGUCUUGUCAAGAGCUGGAUUGAUGAAAUACCUUUUGUUCUGUCUGCUAAUCUGCAUGGUGGUUCUUUAGUGGCAAAUUACCCUUAUGACAACAGGCAAGAUAAACGAAGUAUAUAUAGUAGUACACCCGAUGAUGAUGUCUUCCGAUCUUUGGCCCUGACAUAUUCUUUGAACCAUCCAAAGAUGCAUCUACCAAGUGCUGCUUGUGAUGGGGAUCAUUUUGAAAAAGGUAUCACCAAUGGCGCGGACUGGUACUCAGUAUCUGGUGGAAUGCAGGAUUACAACUACGUCAACAGUAACAGCUUUGAGUUAACUAUGGAGGUGAGCUGCUGUAAAUUUCCUCCAGCUAGUACCCUUCAAGGGUUUUGGGAAGAUAACAAAAAGUCCUUGCUGGAGUUCCUGAAACGAGUUCAUACUGGUUUGACUGGCUUUGUGAUGGACCAGAAUGGACAAGGAAUCAAAGGAGCUGACAUAAAUAUUUACCCUCGCAAUCAUCCAGUGAGAAGUGCCAGAGAUGGAGAUUACUGGCGUCUGCUUCUUCCUGGUGUUUAUAAGGUGACAGUUUCGAAGCGUGGCUAUCAUCCAGUGGAGAAGAUUGUCAGAAUUUCCAAAGGACCAGCAACAAAAGAAAACUUUGUUCUGGAAAGUAAUGGCCAGGCUAUGGAUGAGGCAGGCAUAGAACUGGAGGAAGUUGUACCAGAUGAGGCAGGCACAAAGCAAGAAGUUGUACCAGAUGAGGAGAAGAAGAAGCAUGUACCAGUUUCAUUGGUUGUUGGGUUAACAGUUGUUUGCCUAAUUUCAUUGCUGUUAGCAUUAGUUCUUGCUAUCUUGAUCACCAAGAAAUAUCGUCAGAAAGAGAAUGUCCAAGGAGAAUACUCUCAAGUCCACACUGAUCCAUGAAGAAGAUUUAAUGGUAAAGUAAACUGUAGAAUCAAAUGACAAGAUUUGUUUCACAUACUGUAUUUUCUCUUUUAAAUGCCAACAGAGUAUUGCAUGUCAUUUGUUAUUUAGGCACAGCUGUGUCAUGCUGUAAUACCUCAACCUGGCUAAAAUUUGUCAAACAGAUUGUUUAGGAGUGUUUUUAUAACAUUACUGCAACUAUUACUUUAAGACAGAGUGAAUGUCGUCAAAUGAUGCAUCUUAAUUUUCAACUACUUUUUCUCUUAUUUUAGUAAAUUUUUCUUUUGAAACAAAUGAAAAGUGUUGUUUGAGAAUUCAAAAACCUUGAAAACAUUUCUCUCAUGUAAUUUUUUUCAUUUGACAUCUUUCAUUGUGAUUGGUCACAACACUACAAACAUAGUUUUCUGAGUCUCACAGUAAAAAUUGUUACCUCAGUGGUUAAUCAUGUGUAUGAUAAUUAUUUAUAGAAAUGUUUGGCCAAUCACAGCUGGUAUAUUUAUACAAUCUAUACAGGACUUGAAGACACGGCAUUUAAUCAAGAAAAUUUAGUUCAAUCAGAUUACAAAAAAAAGGCAUACAAAUUUUUAUUUUCUUAAGUCAUUUUAAUCAUAAGUUACUCAGCUUCCUGUUUUAUUGAAAUUGAUUUUUAGUUUGAAUUUACUGUUUUCUAACAGUCAUAUUAUUCACAGAAUUUAUUUAUCACAGGUGUCUGGACAUUUGAUUGGUUAGCCUAAAGCCUGAAAAGCAACUGAAUUUAGUAAAUGUUGGUUCAAAACACAAGUUCAAGGAAAGCUUUAGAAAUAUUUUUUUCAACUACAGUAUUUGAAGUUAGUUAGGAAUUAGUUUUUCUUAUGAUUUACAUCAGAAUUCAUAAUUUAGUGAAGAAAGGCAUGGAUUGUAUUUACUGAAUAAUUUUUUCUUGAUAUUGUUUAUUUUUGUGAAUACCAAGAGUUUCGUGUGUAAGAUAAAAGGACAACGAUUAACAGAGCACCUUUGCAACCCUCGCUUAUGAAAUUGGUGAAAUUUUUUUUUACACCCUUUUGGUCUUAAUCUUGAAGUGUCAAGUUGGGAUGAAAUGAGAGUAAUUGUACUUCUUCUGUGGAUGGUAAACCUACAUGAAUAUUACUCAGUUCAUUGGCAGUCUAUAAAUCAUUGUUCCUUCUCAGUUUAUUUUUUCACUGAUGUUGUUUUAAUUAAUAGUUUUUAUCCUCUCAAAAACCAACACAAAUAAUUUUUGAACAGUUUCUGCUCUUCAAUACCAAGACCAAGAGGGAGUGUUUAUGUCUUUUAAGUAGUAUUCUAAGAGUUUCCAUUUGACAGCAUCUUUGUAGAAAAGGUGCAUUGACUUUUUGUUUGGUUACUAUUGGAAACUGAUACUUGAGGAUGGUAACUCAUGAUGGAAAUCUUAUCUAAAUCUAAACGAAGUGAAUCUGAGGUAUUCGCACAUGUUGAAAAAAGUGUGUAACCAGAAGUAGAGAUAGAAUGAAGAAAUGAAAAUAAAGUUGUAAACUGCA